UUACCGCUUAAAUUGCCAAUCAUCAUAAUUGUUGUAUUUUGGUAAUAAUCAAUCAAAAUGGAUACACAAAAUCAGAUUAUGCAAUAAAUACCUCAUGUGCGUAUAUUUGGAAUAAAUUGAGAAUGUAAAGACGUCAUUUUACCAAUGGGCGAGGAAUGCAUUUUCGUAGCGGUUGGAGCUGUUUUGGGAGUGUUGACUUUAAUAAUAGUUUAUGUGAUCUAUUAUUGGUGUAAGAACAAAAAGAGACGAGCGUUAGUUCAAUUUUUUGAUACCACUUCGUUCAAACACAUAUCAAAGACAUUUCGAUCACGUUAUCAAAAUGCAACAUUUGAAAUCAAGUACAGCAAAGAAGAAAUAGUUAGCGACAUACCGCUAGUGGUGUUUUGCCUCUCAACAUCCCGUGUAGAGGACGAAUGCCGCUCUGCAUUGGAAGGGAUAUUAUACACACCAUCGACGACACUACUCGUGGUAUUACACCGACUCAAAGACUCAGACACAAGCGCUGUCAUAUCUUUCUUUAAAUUCGAUGGUAUUACUGAAACUGUGCACUUAGGAUUUGCUGAAAAAGGACCUAAGUUUUCAAAGUCAACAGAUCUGCGAAUAAAGGACUUUUUAAGGAAUUGCUCGCUAGAAAGUGACUCAAAUUAAAAGUAUAUAUAAACAUACAUACAAAUCCUCGUAAGAUAUUUAGAACUUUGGUUUAAACCGUAUUUAUUUCAAAAUAACAUUAUAAUUAUAUACACAGUUAUAGCAUACUCAAUAUUAAAUGGUUGACGGAAGUAAUGAUACAUGGAAGGUAUACAAAUGAAAUGUGCCCAAAACAAAAUAAUAUGACAAUAUUGAGAAGGACGCUAUGGUAGCUUAUACUAUGCCUCGCUUCUGUCACUCUUUCAAGCUGCUUGAAAUGGUGUAAAUGUUGUAACUAUUUGUAUAUUUAUGUAAUCGUUAUACUUUGAUGGAUAAUGUGAGUGAACGUCAAAUAAAUAAAGUAGUAGGUGGUUAAAUGCGCAUGUGGUAUGAAAGAGAGUAGU